CACCAACUCCGCGCUCUACUUCACACAGCGUGCAAGCUGGCGGACUCAUGGCCUCCAAUCAAACGCAUCUAACCAGUUUUAGCAGUGGGAAUUGUGAUCUUGCCGCAACUUGAUUAAUUCGUGUCCGCGCGCUCCUCAGUUGGUAGCCGAGAGUCGUGCUGUUUUGAUUGAAUCGAGUCGCCGCGUUUUACUGACAACGAACAAGCGAACGAGAAACGACAGCUAAACACAUUCGGAACAUAUGAGCCAUACGAAAGAACGAUUCAUGGAUAUCGAGUAAUUUAUAUGUGGCACUAAAACCGUCGGUUCGGGUGUGUGCAUCGCCACUCCAAGCAGAGUGUACUAUGGCCAGCAAUUAGAACUGCUGGAGGAUCAAGUGUAAUACAACAGAAGGAAACUGUUUUUAAAUUGAAUUGCAAAACUAGAAAAGUGUAUGGUCUGUUGUGUGAAAAUUGCGAUAGCCCAAUAUUAGCAUAAGACCAAUAUUAAAAUAAGCCAGUCGCUGGCUCCCCUUUUGAAAUGGAUAUGACCGGUGCGAAUUCCCUCAACAUGCGGCCAUUGUUUGCUGGCUACCCUUUCCAAGGCCAGGGUCGCGUUAAUCAACUUGGAGGGGUUUUCAUCAAUGGUCGACCUCUUCCCAAUCACAUCCGCUUGAAAAUUGUCGAAAUGGCUGGCAGUGGAAUUCGACCGUGUGUCAUUUCGAGACAGUUGCGAGUCUCGCAUGGCUGUGUGUCGAAGAUUCUGAAUCGCUACCAAGAAACCGGCUCUAUUAGGCCUGGCGUAAUCGGUGGAUCCAAACCCAAAGUCACAUCUCCGGAGAUUGAGGCGCGCAUUAAAGAGAUGUGCAAAGCAAAUCCAGGACUCUUCAGCUGGGAGAUAAGGGAGAAACUAAUAAGGUGA